AAUUAAAACAAAAAAAACAAAAAAAAAACAAAAUUACGGUUGCAGAAGUUUGGUGAAAGAAGAUGAAACGUUAUAAUUCAUAACCCUACCUCUUCCUGACUUCCCUCGCUUUGUCCUCUGUCUCUCUCCUGUUCUUUCCGUUGUGGCAUCACACGCACCCUGACCCAGGCAUUUAUUAUCUCUCCAUUGUCGAUCUGAAUCUGCUCGAACUCGGUGUUUGAAUCGCCCGAGCCAGUGACACAAAGAUGGCGCGGGCUCUGAGUCAACUCACCCCAAUCUCUAUGGUCAUCGUGAUCAUCAUAUUUCUCAUUCAACAACAACUGGCUUACGCCUCCGACAAUCUAAGCAGUCCGCUUAUCAUCCUCCGACCACCUCACUCCCAAGCACGCCCUGCCUUUGUAUUGCCUCUUCAUCGCUCUUCUUCUGCUCCCAAUUCUUCUUCUUCUUCUUCUUCCUCCUCCUCCUCAAAUCCCCAUCGCUUCCUUCAGAGAUCCGGCUCACCCUCUCGCCCCAAUGCUCGCAUGAGGCUCUACGACGAUCUCCUCCUCAAUGGGUAUUAUACCACACGGCUUUGGAUCGGGACACCGCCUCAGAGAUUUGCGCUUAUUGUGGAUACAGGGAGCACUGUUACGUAUGUCCCCUGCUCAACUUGCGAUCAGUGUGGCAAUCACCAGGACCCAAAGUUUGAUCCGGAACUUUCGAGCACUUACCAACCUGUAAAAUGCAACAUAGAUUGCACUUGUGAUAAUGAAAGGGAGCAAUGUGUUUAUGAGAGGCAAUAUGCUGAGAUGAGUACUAGCAGCGGCGUGCUUGGCGAGGAUCUUUUAUCCUUUGGCAAUCUGAGUGAACUUGCCCCCCACCGAGCUGUUUUUGGCUGUGAAAACGUGGAAACUGGCGACCUUUACAGUCAGCAUGCUGAUGGCAUAAUGGGAUUAGGCCGCGGUGAUCUUAGUGUGGUGGACCAACUUGUUGAUAAGGGUGUAAUUGGUGAUUCAUUUUCAUUAUGUUAUGGUGGAAUGGACAUUGGUGGGGGUGCAAUGGUUCUUGGUGAUAUCUCUCCUCCCUCGGAUAUGGUCUUUGCCCAUUCUGACCCCGUGCGAAGUCCAUAUUACAAUAUUGAUUUGAAGGAGAUUCAUGUUGCGGGGAAGCCAUUAUCUUUAAACCCAAGGGUCUUUGAUGGAAAGCAUGGAACUGUCCUGGAUAGUGGCACAACAUAUGCUUACUUACCUGAAUCAGCAUUUGUUGCAUUCAAGGAUGCUAUGAUGAAGGAACUUCAUUCUUUUAAGCAGAUUCGUGGGCCUGACCCCAAUUAUAAUGACAUCUGCUUUACUGGUGCUGGAAGGAAUGUCUCCCAGCUAUCAAACAUCUUUCCAGCAGUUGAUAUGGUAUUUUCUGGCGGACAAAAGUUGUCACUAUCACCUGAAAAUUAUUUGUUUCGUCAUUCAAAAGCGCGUGGUGCAUAUUGUCUGGGGAUUUUCCAGAAUGGAAAGGAUCCGACUACUCUUUUAGGAGGAAUUGUUGUUCGCAAUACACUUGUGAUGUAUGACCGUGAGCAUUCCAAAAUUGGUUUCUGGAAAACUAAUUGUUCUGAGUUAUGGGAAAGACUUCAAAUAUCCACUUCCUCUCCAACCUUGUCUCCAGCUUCUAAUGAGAAGAACUCGACUAUGGCAGUGCCACCUACACUAGCACCUAACGAAGCACCGCCUCAUGUAGUUCCAGAGAAUCUCCAAAUUGGGCAGAUAACAGUUGAUAUGUCACUAAACAUGAGCUAUGAAGAGCUAAAGCCUCACGCUACAGAACUGACCAAAUACAUAGCUCAUGGGUUAGAUGUUAAUGUUUCACAGGUCCACUUGUUGAAUUUUAAUUCUAGCGGAAAUAAUUCCUUCAUUAGAUGGGCCAUAGUCCCUGCAGAUUCUGCUGGUUACAUAUCUAAUACGACUGCAAUGACUAUAAUUGGCCAGCUUACUGAACAUCAUUUGGAGCUUCCUGCUGCCUUUGGCGAUUAUGAGUUGAUUGGAUGGAGUGUUGAACCCAAGGAAAAACGUACAUGGUGGCGGCAAAAUUACCUGGUGGUCAUUGUAGCAUUUUUUGUUGCUCUAGUCACCGGCUUAUCAACUUUUGGAUUGUGGUUUAUCUGGAGACGCCGACAGCAAACAGUCAAUGCAUAUAAGCCUGUUGAUGAGGUUAUCCCAGAGCAAGAACUCCAACCACUGAACUUUUAGAGCUGUCUCUGCUUGGUAGGCUGUUGCUAGAGUAUUUUCACUGUUUGCAUUUUUGACUCACACAGGUGAAGUGAAUAUGCCAGUUUUAAUUGAUGAAAAGAUUUUUGUCAAGUAAAACGAAGCGUUCUUUCAGUGCUUUUUUUUUUUUUUUUUUAAAUGAUAUUUGUUAAGAACCUCAGUUAGAGAGGCAUAGAAAGUACAACUCACAUUUUGGAAAUGUAAACAUAACCAAAAAAACAAAAAAAUAUUUGUAUGUGAAUAUUGUAUAACAUGCAGAUGAAAUCAAAAAGGUUGCUCAAUAAAGGCCAAUUUUUAAAAUGGUCAUUUGCCUUUUAA